AUGGAAAUCAAAGAUUUGGCAGAUUUAUAUGGAGACGAACUCCAAUUGAAAAAUAUGAUAAGGAAGAAUUCUGCUAGGUCUUUGGCUAUAGCGCAAAGAUCCAAAUUGGAUUCUUCUGAUGGACAAACUAUUGAUGAUCAUGAUCAAUUUUAUAAGGACCAUAAAUUACUUCUCACUUUAUUCAGAAUAUUAGCUGUGAUGCCAAUCCAACGUGGAAAAAUUGGAAAAAUAACAUUUGGUUGGCUCAGUGUACCUAUGUUGUAUGCUUACGUAUUUUACGCCGUCACUACAGUCAUAGUCAUUUUUGUAGGAUGCGAAAGAGUUGAUAUAUUAUUGAAUAAGAGUAAAAAAUUCGAUGAAUAUAUAUAUUCCAUCAUAUUCAUAAUUUUCCUUGUCCCUCAUUUUUGGAUACCGUUCGUAGGUUGGGGGGUUGCAAAAGAAGUUUGUGACUAUAAAAAUGGAUGGGGUACUUUCCAGUUACACUACUACAAAAUAACGGGAAGAAAUUUGGAGUUUCCGUAUUUGAGCACAUUGAUAGUUAUAAUUAGUUUAGGAUGUCUCGUACUUGCUGUUGCAUUUUUAUUGAUAUUAAGUGCACUCUUGGACGACUUCACGUUAUAUCACACUACGGCUUACUUUCACAUUAUAACGAUGUUGAACAUGUCCUCAGCUUUGUGGUACAUAAAUUGUAGGGCCAUCGGUAACGCUAGUUAUGCGUUGGCUAAAAGCUUUCAAAUGGAAAUCGAUAGUCAUUGUACGAGUUCUAUAAUCUCACAUUAUAGAGUAUUAUGGUUGGAGCUUAGUGAACUUUUGCAAGCUAUUGGAAAUGCUUACGCGAGAACUUAUGCUACGUAUUCCCUAUUUAUGAUUACUAAUAUUACUAUCGCUACAUAUGGAUUCAUUUCGGAAAUAAUGGAACAUGGUAUAACGUUUUCUUUUAAAGAAGUAGGUUUAUUAGUGGCUAGCGUUUAUUGCUUGGUAUUGCUUUGCAUUUACUGUAAUUGUUCUCAUGAAGCUUCUGAUAAUAUAGCUAGUAAAGUACAAGCUUCUCUUAUGGAAAUCAAAUUGAAUUUCGUCAAUGUGGCAACUGUUAAAGAGAUUGAUCUGUUUUUGACUGCGAUACGCUUAAACCCACCAACGGUAUCUCUCAAAGGAUAUUCAGAUGUUGACAGGAAAUUAAUUACGUCGAGCGUAUCGACAAUAGCUAUAUAUUUGAUAGUUCUGCUACAGUUCAAAAUUAGUCUUAUAAAUUUAAAGCCAGUAGAUUGA